AUGGCUUCUAGUGUUUCAAAAAUUCAAAUUCUAGCUUUGUAUAAGAGUUUAAUGAGAGAAUCGCAGAAUUUUCCCAAUUAUAACUUUAGAUCAUAUGCCUUAAGAAGAGUCAGAGAUGCAUUCCGGGAGAGUAAAUUUUUAACUGAUGCGAAAGCUAUUAACAAACAAAUUGAAUUUGCUAAGGAAAAUUUACAAAUGAUAAAAAGACAGACAAUCAUAGGAAAUAUGUUCAAAACAGACAAACUGGUAAUAGAAAAUUUGCAGUAA